AGUUAGUUGGUACAUACAUAUAUAGAGCCCAUCACAGGUAUCAGCGUCUCAGUCUACACGUACCAGUCGGACAGACAUCAUCAUGGAGAAGUUUAUCGGAAAAUGGCAAACGCAGCCAAAGUUGACAGAAAACUUUGAUGCAUUCGCGGACAAGAUGGGGGUAGAGCCCGCGAGGAGAGAGAUAUAUAAAAAUAUGGACGCAGUGUACACAUUUUCCAUGGACGGCAAAACAUUGGUUGGUGGUAUGGAGACGAAAGGGUUUAAACAAGACGUCAGGUUCGAACUCGGUGUCCCCGUGUCUUACAAAAGCUUUGAUGGCGCCAAUAUGACGAGCUGUAUAACCAUGAAGGACGGUCGCUUCUUUGAGACUAAUAAGAUGGAGAGAGAGGGAACUACGCGAGAAUGGACCACAGAGAGAUACAUCGAGGGGGGCUUCAUGGUUGGGGUGCAGACAAAAGAUGGCGUUUCCAUGAAGAUCAAGCUGAAGAAACUUUGAACGAAGAUGAUCCGCGCUUAUAUGGCAAUGAUAUCACAUAGUUUUAUAGCCUGUUACCCUGCAUGAAUAAACUCAUUAUUAACGCUU